AUGGCAGUAGAAUCACUACUCACUUUUGCUGCUGAAGGAAUACUGAAGAAGGUAGCUUUGCUUGCCGCUCAAGAAUUCAUGCUGGCAUGGGGAUUUAAAGGAGAGCUAAAAAAGCUCGGUCAAUCGCUAUCUGUCCUUCAAGAUUUCUUAGGUGGUGCAGCUGAGCAAGCACGAGAUCGGGGCAAGGCAGUGGAAGAUUGGGUGGAGAAACUUAAAGACAUAGCUCAUGAUGCUGAUAACAUCUUGGAUGAAAUCAACUAUGAAAUUCUCCGGAGUCAAGUGGAACUGCAAAACCAUAUGAAGAAAAAGUUGCCCAAGGCAUGGGGAGCAGGGAAACUGUCUCAAGCUUUGAUGACGAUGAAAGUAUCUUUGGAAGGGAGGAGGUUGUGUCAGAUAUAG